AUGGCUGCUCAUGCUUCCACUGGCGGCAUCGUGCCCGCGCAGCUGGGCUUCCUCGCCCUGUUCAACCCCUCUCUAGGCCAAACGGACGAGACGAUUGACGACCAGAUCGUUUACUAUGCCUCCGUUUCGACGCAAUCCUCCAGCCGCAAACGACGGCGUGCCCGCACGAGACCGACAGAUGGCCUCUCCCAAGAAGAGCGCCACGAGCGACUGCGACAGAUAGGUCUUGCUCAGGGAAUGGUCAGCUUCGGCCGCGACUUCUCUGACGGAGCUCCGGUAGACGCCAUCGAUACGGAGAAAUCGAGGGUGAUUGCGCAUGAACUGGAGCCGGGGUGGUGGAUACUUGCUAGCAUCGACUUGAAUAAAGUGCCUCUGCCGCCACGGCUACCCACUAAGACGGGAGAGCCACAGGAAGAGAGAUACGAGUAUUCGAGCCGGGAGAUGAAGCCUGCUACACUGCUGCUGACGGAUCUUCUGCGAGCACACAGCAUCUUUCUCUUGCAUCAUGGAUCAUCGCUGAGCGCCCUGUUUGUUCGCUACCGUCGAGUGAAAUUCAUUGCACUACUUAGCCGCUACUGGGACCUAUUUCUUUCCACCUGGAAUGUCAUGCUGCAUGGGAAUCCAGCAAGGGACAUAUUUGGUGGGAUCAACCUAGCUGCAUCUGGAGAGCUUGGCGUAGGCGUCGGUGAAGAAGACCGUGGAAGCGGGGAAAGGGAGGUGCUUGAGGGCUUGGUGAGCAGAGUGGAGGGGCUUGUUGACCUUGUCGUCUCGAGAUUUGGGCCUGAUGACCCUGAAACAGAAUCAGGUAAAUCGGAUAAGACUGAGGCAGAGCCAUGGCUAGGAAGUGGCAAAGAGCCCAGAGCCGAGGACGGCGCUAUAUUUCUCGGGACAGGGGCGUUAUCACGAAAGUCCCUACGAGACGUAACCCAUUGGAUGGAAGAUCUAUAUACUUGGGGCGAACACGCUUAUGGCAUCAUUGAGAGUCCAACCUCGACGCGACGAGCCAGGGGCAAGAAGUCGACAUCAAAGGUGCCGAAUCUGGGUGAUAGUCAGCACCCAAAGCCAGAUGCAGCACCCAAAGCAGUGGGACCUGCACCAGAAGCCGGCGAAUCUGCCAGCGAUGCCAAAGACACCCAGCCAAAUGCGCCGGAAGCUGGACCGGACCAGGUAAACCCUGAGCUUGAGGCUGGAAGGCUCGACAAAAUGGUCAGCUACUUGACACUAGGAUACGGGUCAUAUUGGUCGUUUCCUGGCGGCGGCACCGGUGGCAACUCGUCAGAGCCAACCAACCAAGAAGUUGCUGCCGGUGACAAGUCGAAUGCGGAACCGCAUCUCAAGCCGUCAAGGCUACCGCCUUCUUUGGAAUCUUCUGGCCACUACCUGAUCGGUCUCAAAGGCGACAUCGAAGAUGACUCGACAGUUGUAAACGACCUGGACGGGACAGGGGCCAUCGGCUCAGAUGAUGCUGAGGACGAUGACGAAAACAACUCUCGCACCGUUCUUCGCACUCUCCACGUCGAACUAGAAGGCUCUGCCGCAGAGAGCCGGCCAGAGGGCACAGUCAUUCGGGAUUUCGAACACGAAGCCAAUCCAUUGACUCAAUCUCAGGCGGUGGGCGGGCUGCUUCCUGGCUUCGACUCGCACGACGUCAACAUGGCGGAAAAGCUCCGCGUCGUCGUCUACGUCAACAAACCCUUCAUCUUCACCUUUCUCUUCCGCCUCCGCACUGACUCCCUCGCCUUGGACACGCUUUACCGCUCGUUGCACUACCAGCUGUCGCCGCUCAGGAAGCCCCUCUUGGCGUCAACCAGGUACCGUCCCGAGCGCCCAGACGCCGGGCCCGUGUCAUCCCAUAUCCAGGACCUCGUAUGGGAUCCGCCCUCGCUCACUGUCCACUCGUCGAUACCAAACAUUCCCGACUUCUUUCCCGACUCUUCGUCUUCAGCUUCAUCUCCGUCAUCGCCAACAUGGUCCCGCGCGGAUGCCGUAAGCACCCAUCUCAAUCUCCUCAACAUCUACGCCGCAACGCGGUCUCGUAUCGCCGACCUCGAGCGCACGCAAAAGACAAACCGCGGAUGGUGGAUCGUCUGGACUCGGGUCCUCCAGCGCACCGCCGCUACCCCUUCCACAACCACCACUGCCACGGCACUGCCGCUAUCCACCAUCCAUGAAUCCGCAUCGUCGUCAUCCCUGGCCUCGCACACAAGCCACGAAGCAGCCCCCCAAGACAAGCCCCCUUCGUCUCGUCGCUCCUCGUCGUCUGCAUCCUCCCCUCCACCUCCGCCAGCCGUCGACAAGGAAAUCUUCCUCAUACGGCGCGCCAGCGAUCACAUUGGCUUUCGCAGGGCUUCGGACGACGGAGGCUCCGGGGGCGGCGAAGGCCUGGGACGGUUGGCGCAGGGAAUUGGCGUCGAUACGAGGCGAUAUGUCGAAGAGCUGUUGACCUUGCUGUAG